CUUGAGGCAAUUUUGUCUGCAGUGGGCCACAAGAAGAGUGAAUCAGCUUCCUCUUGCUUCAGCCGAAGGGUUUGGCACGCGGUCAUGAAUGCUUCACUUGUGACCCAGAUUCCUUUGGAGGGGUCCUUUGGAGAACAUAGAUGCACAUGUACUGUAGUCAGAGUCCUGGCAACAGUCAAAUGCCUCUCAGAAACUUGUGAUGUUUUUCCUCGCUACAUGGUACAAUCAGCUGAGUCAAGUUGUCUUAAAGAGUAGCCACCUUUCCCUCAGGCCAUAAACACUGCACGAUCCUGUUCCAUGCAAGGUAGCCCAUAAUAGGGCCUUUGAUUGAAAGUCAAGGAGUUGAUGUUGACUUGGCAAUAUUUAUUGAGAACAAGUGUUACAGGCUGCAUUGUGUUCCCCUAAAAUUUAUAAGUUGAAGCCCUAACUCUCAGUAUCUCAGAAUGUGACUAUAUUUGGAGAUCAGGCCUUUAAAGAGAGGUUGGAAGACCAAGAUCAGGGUGCCAGCAUGGUGAGCACCCUCUUCAGGCUUGCAGACUGCCAUGUUGAAGGGAAGCAUGCUCUAGCGACUCUAAGAAGGACAACAAUCCAUCAUGAGGGCUUUAGAGGGGCAACAAUCCAUCAUGACUUCAUCUAAUCCUAAUUACCUUCCAAAGGCUCACCUCCUUAUACCGUCACAUGCUUUCUAAAACGAACUUUUCCAACAACAAUGAUUUCCGUGCUCUUCUGCAGUCUCUGUAUGCUACUUUUAAGGAGUUCAAAAUGCAUGAGCAGAUCGAAAACGAAUACAUUAUUGGUUUGCUUCAACAACGCAGCCAGACCAUUUAUAAUGUACAUUCUGACAAUAAACUCUCUGAGAUGCUUAGCCUCUUUGAAAAGGGACUGAAGAAUGUUAAGAAUGAAUAUGAGCAGUUAAAUUAUGCAAAACAGCUGAAAGAGAGAUUGGAGGCUUUUACAAGAGAUUUUCUUCCUCACAUGAAAGAGGAAGAGGAGGUUUUUCAGCCAAUGUUAAUGGAAUAUUUUACUUAUGAAGAGCUUAAGGAUAUUAAGAAGAAAGUGAUUGCCCAACACUGCUCUCAGAAGGACACCGCGGAACUCCUUAGAGGUCUUAGCCUUUGGAAUCAAGCCGAGGAGCGACAGAAGUUUUUUAAAUAUUCUGUGGAUGAAAAGUCAGAUAAAGAAGCGGAAGUAUCAGAACAAUCCACAGGUAUAACCCAUCUUCCUCCUGAGGUAAUGCUGUCAAUUUUCAGUUAUCUUAAUCCUCAAGAAUUAUGUCGAUGUAGUCAAGUAAGCACUAAAUGGUCUCAGCUCGCAAAAACUGGAUCGCUUUGGAAACAUCUUUACCCUGUUCAUUGGGCUAGAGGUGACUGGUAUAGUGGUCCAGCAACUGAACUUGAUACUGAACCUGAUGAGGAAUGGGUGAAAAACAGAAAAGAUGAAAGUCGUGCUUUUCAGGAGUGGGAUGAAGAUGCUGAUAUAGAUGAAUCUGAAGAAUCUGCAGAGGAGUCGAUUGCUAUCAGCAUUGCACAAAUGGAAAAACGUUUACUUCAUGGCUUAAUUCAUAACGUUCUACCAUAUGUUGGAACUUCAGUAAAAACUAUAGUAUUGGCAUACAGCUCUGCAGUUUCUAGCAAAAUGGUUAGGCAGAUUUUAGAACUUUGUCCUAACUUGGAGCAUCUGGAUCUGACCCAAACUGACAUUUCAGAUUCUGCAUUUGACAGUUGGUCUUGGCUUGGUUGCUGCCAGAGUCUUCGGCAUCUUGAUCUGUCUGGGUGUGAAAAAAUCACAGAUGUGGCUCUAGAGAAGAUUUCUAGAGCCCUUGGAAUUCUGACAUCUCAUCAGAGUGGCCUUCUAAAAACUUCUACGAGCAAAAUUACUUCGACUACAUGGAAGAAUAAAGACAUUACCAUGCAGUCCACCAAGCAGUAUGCUUGUUUGCACGAUUUAACUAACAAAGAUAUUGGAGAAGAAAUGGAUAAUGAGCACCCCUGGACUAAGCCUGUUUCUUCUGAAAGUUUCACUUCUCCAUAUGUGUGGAUGUUAGAUGCUGAAGAUUUGGCUGAUAUUGAAGAUGCUGUAGAAUGGAGACAUAGAAAUGUUGAAAGUCUUUGUGUAAUGGAAACAGCAUCCAACUUCAGUUGUUCCUCCUCUGGUUGUUACAGUAAAGAUAUUGUUGGACUAAGGACUAGUGUCUGUUGGCAGCAGCAUUGUGCUUCUCCGGCCUUUGCAUAUUGUGGUCAUUCAUUUUGUUGUACAGGAACAGCUCUAAGAACUAUGUCAGCACUCCCAGAGUCUUCUGGAUUCUGUAAAAAAGCAUCAAGGACUAGAUUGCUUAGAGAAAAAGACUUAAUUUACUCUGGGAGUGAAAAAUCUGAUCAAGAGACUGGACGUGUACUUCUGUUUCUCAGUCUGUCUGGAUGUUAUCAGAUCACAGACCAUGGUCUCAGGGUUUUGACUCUGGGAGGAGGGCUGCCUUAUUUGGAGCACCUUAAUCUCUCUGGUUGUCUUACUGUAACUGGUGCAGGCCUGCAGGAUUUGGUUUCAGCAUGUCCUUCUCUAAACGAUGAAUACUUUUACUACUGUGACAACAUUAACGAGAUAAUUCUUUACAUUUGAUAAAAUUUAAAAAUCAUGUGUGUUUUCAUUAAUUACCUUCUAUAAAGGUCCUCAUGCUGAUACCGCCAGCGGAUGCCAGAAUUUGCAGUGUGGUUUUCGAGCCUGCUGCCGCUCUGGCGAAUGACCCUUGACUCCUGACCUUUGUCUACUUCAUUUAGCUGAGCAGGCUUCCUUUCAUGCACUUUACUUAUAGCACAUUUCUUGUGUUAACCAUCCCUUUUUGAGUGUGACUUGUUUUGGCCCCAUUUCUUACAGCCUCAGAAAUCUUAAUUUACCAGUUGAUUGUACAGUGUUGUUUCUCUUGCAAAUCAUACUUUUGUUUUAGAAAGGGAUUAGAUCUUUUCAAAAGGGUGAGGACAGUUUUAUCAGUUUUCUUUUAAAUGGAAUGCUUUGAAAAGAAUGUCACUAAUGCCAUGCCAUUUGAAGUAUUUUUUAGAUUAAUUUGAGUUUUAAAGUCAAUGGGGUUAUUCGUUCUCUUUAUAUAUAAACACUGUACCAAGCUUUGCAGAUCUUUUCAAAUAUACAUUUUUGAAGUUUUAUUUUCAAAGAUUGCACAUUUUGAAAACCAGUCUUUUUUCCGUAAUGUUUCCUUUGUUUGAACAAUUCUCAGAGGGCCAAUUCAAACAUACCCACAUAUAAGAUUCUUUAGGAUAAUAGAAUAAAUUGGCUUCUUGGUGUUAGCUCAGUGAGCUAGCAAAGUACCAAUGUAUUUGUAUUUGCUUUCUUCAAAUAUUCUCGGUUCCUACCACUGUCCCUAAAUUGUCAAAUUUGGGAGGGAUUUUUAAAAAUUCCACAAUCAUUUGAAGAAAUGUAUCAAUAAAAUUUACUUUGAGGACUUUACCAAAUA